AUGAGUCGGAAAAUUGAGAAAAUGGCUUCAAUUGAUGCCCAAUUGAGGCUAUUGGCACCAGCGAAAGUGUCAGAGGAUGAUAAGCUUGUGGAGUAUGAUGCUUUGUUGCUUGACAGAUUUCUUGAUAUUCUGCAGGAUUUGCAUGGAGAGGAUAUUCGAGAAACGGUUCAAGAUUGUUAUGAACUAUCUGCUGAAUAUGAAGGGAAACAUGACCCACAUAAGUUGGAAGAGCUUGGGAGUAUGCUUACCAGUUUGGAUGCUGGGGAUUCCAUUGUAGUCACCAAAGCCUUUUCUAACAUGCUUAACUUGGGUAACCUUGCUGAAGAGGUUCAGAUAGCUUACAGACGAAGAAGUAAGCUAAAAAAGCGUGAUUUUUCGGAUGAGGCUUCUGCACUAACUGAAUCAGACAUUGAAGAGACAUUUAAGAAGCUCGUCGGACAGCUAAACAAAUCACCCCAAGAAGUUUUUGAUGCUUUGAAGAACCAGACUGUGGACUUGGUGCUAACAGCACAUCCUACCCAGUCUGUUCGUAGGUCUUUGCUUCAAAAGCAUGCAAGGAUUCGUGAUUGUAUGACGCAGUUGUACGCCAAAGAUAUUACUCCUGAUGAUAAGCAGGAGCUAGACGAGGCUCUACAAAGAGAGAUACAAGCAGCCUUUCGCACAGAUGAAAUCAGGAGGACUCCACCAACUCCACAAGAUGAGAUGAGGGCGGGGAUGAGUUACUUCCAUGAGACAAUAUGGAAGGGGGUGCCGAAAUUCUUACGCCGUGUUGACACUGCUUUGAAGAAUAUUGGAAUAAAUGAACGUGUUCCCUAUAAUGCCCCUCUCAUUCAGUUUUCUUCUUGGAUGGGUGGUGAUCGAGAUGGCAACCCUAGAGUAACCCCGGAAGUGACAAGAGAUGUGUGCUUAUUGGCUAGAAUGAUGGCUGCAAAUCUGUAUUUCUCUCAGAUUGAGGAUCUUAUGUUUGAGCUUUCAAUGUGGCGAUGCAAUGAUGAGCUCCGUGUCCGUGCAGAAGAACUUCAUAGGACUUCCAAAAGAGAUGCAAAGCACUACAUUGAAUUUUGGAAGAAAAUUCCACCGAAUGAGCCCUACCGUGUUCUUCUUGCUGAUGUGAGAGAUAGGUUAUAUAAUACACAGGAACGAGCUCGUCAGUUACUAGCCAAUGGGUAUUCUGAUGUUCCUGAGGAGUCGACAUUCACAAAUCUUGAACAGUUUCUGGAACCUCUGGAGCUGUGCUAUAGAUCUCUAUGCGCUUGUGGUGACAGACCAAUUGCAGAUGGAAGCCUUCUUGAUUUUUUAAGGCAAGUGUCCACCUUUGGUCUGUCGCUUGUGAGACUUGAUAUUCGUCAAGAGUCAGAUAGACACACUGAUGUUCUAGAUGUUAUAACAAGGCACGUGGGUGUUGGCUCCUAUAAAGAAUGGUCUGAAGAGAAGAGACAGGAAUGGCUCUUAUCUGAACUAAGUGGCAAGCGUCCACUUUUUGGACCUGAUCUCCCUAAAACUGAUGAAGUCGCUGAUGUUUUGGAUACCUUUCAUGUCAUCUCUGAACUUCCCGCCGACAGUUUCGGUGCUUAUAUAAUUUCGAUGGCCACGGCACCCUCUGAUGUGCUUGCUGUUGAGCUUUUGCAGCGUGAAUGUCAUGUAAAAAGUCCAUUGAGGGUUGUUCCAUUGUUUGAAAAGCUUGCUGAUCUCGAGUCUGCACCUGCUUCUGUUGCUCGGUUGUUCUCCAUAGAUUGGUACAGAAACCGUAUCAAUGGGAAACAAGAAGUUAUGAUUGGGUAUUCUGAUUCGGGUAAGGAUGCUGGCCGACUAUCUGCAGCUUGGCAAUUGUACAAGGCUCAAGAGGAACUUGUAAAGGUGGCAAAAGAAUUUGGAGUAAAGCUAACAAUGUUCCAUGGCCGAGGUGGGACUGUAGGAAGGGGAGGGGGUCCCACCCACCUUGCUAUUUUAUCACAACCCCCCGACACAAUUCAUGGCUCACUUCGUGUGACUGUUCAAGGUGAAGUUAUUGAACAGUCAUUUGGGGAGGAACACCUGUGCUUUAGAACUCUUCAGCGUUUCACAGCAGCUACACUUGAGCAUGGAAUGAACCCCCCUGUGGCUCCAAAUCCAGAGUGGCGUGCCCUAUUGGAUGAGAUGUCUGUUGUUGCUACGAAAGAGUAUCGGUCUUUAGUGUUCCAGGAUCCACGAUUUGUUGAAUACUUCCGCCUUGCGACCCCAGAAUUAGAAUAUGGUCGCAUGAACAUUGGAAGUCGCCCAGCCAAAAGGAAGCCAAGUGGUGGGAUUGAAUCUCUUCGAGCUAUUCCAUGGAUCUUUGCAUGGACUCAGACAAGGUUUCAUCUCCCAGUCUGGCUUGGCUUUGGGGCUGCAUUCAAGCACGUUACUGAGAAGGAUAUAAGAAAUCUGCAAAUGCUCAAGGAUAUGUACAAUGGAUGGCCUUUCUUUAGAGUGACACUUGACUUGCUCGAAAUGGUCUUCGCUAAGGGAGACCCGGGUAUUGCUGCAUUGUAUGAUAAACUUUUAGUAUCCGAAGAUCUGUGGCCGCUUGGAGAGCGAUUGAGAUCCAAAUACGAAGAAACAAAGGGCUUUCUCCUUCAGGUUGCUGGGCACAAGGAUCUAUUGGAAGGAGAUCCAUACUUGAGGCAAAGGCUCAAACUUCGUGACUCUUACAUUACGACCCUCAACGUAAGCCAAGCAUACACAUUGAAACGAAUUCGUGACCCCAACUACAAUGUGAAGGUCAGACCUCACCUAGACAAGGAGAUCAUGGAAUCAAGCAAACCAGCUGCUGAAUUAGUGAAGCUGAAUCCUACGAGCGAGUAUGCGCCUGGUUUGGAAGACACCCUCAUCUUGACCAUGAAAGGUAUUGCUGCUGGAAUGCAGAACACUGGUUAAGGCAAAGGCUAAGGCUAUUAUGUAUGUAUAAUAAUAAGUGAUAUUGUCUUUUAACUUUUAUAAAUCCUAUGUCUGUUCAAGAAUAAUAAUGAUGAGAUGUUUCUGAAGAAUUUGAGUGUGUGAUUUCUGAUUCAUACAUUCUUGAAUAUGAUACAUGGGAGUGUCAAAAAAAACUCGGAAUCAUCGGUCUCUAAUUUGAAAUUGCAAUGAGUCUAUAUAAGAUCUGAUGUUGAAUACAACGACUGAAUGAAAUUUUUAGCCAAGCA